UGGUGGCGUACUGUAAGCCUUUAAAAAGAAAGCACUGUAUUUCAAAAAUAGGUAUAAACCAUAAACAGUUUUAAGGAAAACAGUUUGAUUUCCAGAGUAUAAUUAAGUUAGUUUCCUCUGACACAUCAGAGCCAUAGAUAGAGUGUUCUGCCAACGGAAGUCCAAAACGCCGGAGGAUCACGUGAUUCAUGGAGCCUUCAGAUGGUUCCAGGAAGUUAUGUUUUCUCUUUAAAUGCUUUAUUUCGUUCAUUUUUUUAUUAAUUUAAUGUCUUUUGUCUUUAAAUGGUUCAGAAGUUUACCUCAAUUUGUCUGUUUAGUCGCAGCUCCAUACGUUACUAGUAACUUCCGGGGACUAUUGAGAGCCUCCAUGAACUGCCAUUGCUGUAAAAAACUGUUCCAUUGGAGUCAACGGAGUUGACGAGACUCUCUCUCUCAAUGGCUCUGGGACACAUAUGCGCCUGGCCCGAAGUUAACUUCCUGUCUGCGUUUGUUUAAUGGUCUGGCUAGUGGCUAAUCAUUUAAGUAGGCCUAUUUAUAUUUCAAUUCAUUUAUAUUAAUCUUAAUUCAUAUUUAUAUGUUUAUUGUAUAAUACAUUUUUUAAUAGGUCGUGUAAUUUUGUCUCAUUUAAGUUUGGCCAAGUAACCGUUCUUCUACUGGUAACCUUAAAUAAUAGUCACUAGACAUACUUUAACUUGUAAGCUAGCUACUUUCACACCCUCCUUGCUUACUUUCACACCCUCCUUGCUUAACUUGCUAGCUAGCUACUUUCACAUCCUCCUACACUCCUACACCCCAUCAAGAUCCCUGCGUUCAGCAAACCAGCGGAGUCUUCUACUGCCUUCCUAUAAGCGAAUCGCUUCCUGGUCUAACUCGUUCCGGUCAACCACAUCUCUCACAACAUUCAAAAAACUACUUAAAACCCAUCUCUUCUGUGAAUCCUUGACAGACAAAUAAAAAAAACUAACCCUCUCUCUUUCUCUGAACAGGUAGUGGUCUAGCUUUUGUUGAAACCAGUCAUUUUGUAUUGGCACCUAUUGCAUUAUUGCUCCUGUAUGACAUAUCGCUUAUUGCUCCCUAAACUCUUUGUAAGUCGCUUUGGAUAAAAGCCUCUACUAAAUGACUAAAUGUAAUGUGUUUUACUUGUUAUUUCUAUAAUACAAAGGACCAACCCCUUUUCGAUGAGUAAUAAUUUACUGAACAGUAACAGCAAUAAAAUAACUAUACAAAAUAAUACAAUUAAUAUUUCCAUGGUACUUUCAGUGUUUUUUCUGUAGUGGUCCUUGAUCAUUAGGCCCUUUAGAAUGCAACGCAAGCUCCAAACCACUAUGUGGCAGUGUUGCAAUUAUUGUUUGGAAAUUCUGUCGUUCUGCAAGUUGGACCGUGUAAUCUCGCGAUAGUAAAAACCACGCCACACAUGUGAAAACAUGGCAGCGUUGUACGAGGGAUACACGCUGUGUGGAUUUGCACCGUUGCAAAACACAUCAAAUUUAGCUAUUCAAGGAGUUGAAUUGUAUGGCGACGUUGACCAUGUUCUCGUCACGGACUCCUUGAGAUCUGCAACUGUUUACAAGGUGUCUGACCAGAAGCCUCUGGGCAGCUGGACGGUUAAGCAGGGACAAACCAUCACCAGUCCUGUUGUGUUUAACACACAGAAUCAGGAAUAUGUGGUUGUUACAGAUGAUAAGGUUGUCAGAACUUGGAAGGGUGACGAUGUUAACAUCGAUAAAGCUUUUAAAGCAACAGUUUCAGCUGAUGUGUUCAGAUUGUUGUCCGCCCCUGGCUUUGAGCCGGUGGUGGUGUUCCGUCAUGGAGCUGUUAGGUUCCUGAAUUCACUGCUUGCCGCCCCACAGCAACCCAUAGAGAAAGUCUUAUCAGAGGAGGAGGUUAUCAGGUGGAGUAAUAUCAUUAAUGCAGAUCAACAGCUUGUUGUUUUGUUCACCACAGAGCAGAGAGGAGAGCACUGCCUCUAUGUUCAGAAAUUUAACCCCAACACUCUGGUGAAACACGUAUUUGAGAAUGAGCCGGGGUUCUCUACACCUCUUAGCUUUUCUGCCACAUGCAGGGGCAGCAACAUACACUUAAUCUCCUUGUACUCCAAUGGCAGUGUUUAUGAGAGUGUAUUGCCACUCAGAACUUCAAGCACAGGAGCUGAAGGUGCCCAGAAGCUCCCUCGCUCCGUUUGUCUCAGCCUUCCAGUUGGGGAGGGGCAGGUAACAUCUGCUGCUGCAGUUGUGCUUGAUGAGGCGCAUGUGGCUGUAGUGGGAUUCCCCCAUCCGUCUGCUGGAGCUAACAAAGAUUACCUGUGCAUUUGGAAUAUUCACUUUCAAACUCUUCAGGCUAGUAAAGAGAUGCCAGGAGGAUUGUUUGCACAGUUGUGGUGUUAUGGUGGGAAGCUCUAUGUACCCCAUGGAAAGACAUUAUCAGUUAUUCCCUUUGAGUGCCGGAAAUCUUCCCUCGCAGCUGCCAUGGGAAGACUGAAGCAGUCUAGACAGAGUGAGUCGCUGUCGUGUGCCCUUGUGUCUUCCUGGACCGACCAGCCACAUGGUGAUAUCACUAAGACAAAAGGAACCAGCAGGAUUUCUACCAAACAAGUGAAUGCUUCUAAUGUUAAGGGCACAUCCUCCGCACUGACAGUCGAUCAACUUACAGAGCACAUUAAGACGGAGACAUUAGAAGUGGUUCAGGUUGUAGUGGGUGAGUUUAUUUGUCGAGCUUCACAGACUGACCUCCAGCUGGCAGCAGGCAGAAUAGCUUUAGAACUAGUGUCAAGAUCUCAGACGGAUGGCAACUUCUACCCUAACAGUGCAUUUCUACAGCUGUUAAAAACACAGUACCUCUGUCACAGCGUUUGUCCUGGAAUGCUGCUGUUGGCUCUGGAAAAGAAAGACUUUGAUCUCUGUCAGAUUGCUUUCCAGCUUUUCCCUGACAUUCCUGAAGCUAUCACUUGUGCCUUUCUCAAAGCUAUUCUGAGUACUCCAGACUCCGAGAUUGACUCUGUAAAUCUUGACGUGGACAGUGUGAUGUUCAUGAAAGUUCUGACUCAGACUGGAUGCCCAUCAGAAGAGAAGGGUUACCAGCAGAAUGGUUUCUGUCCCUCAACACCCGAGGACAGUGGAUCUCAAACUCCCAGCAUGCCACAGAGAGACCCCCUACACCUGGAUAUGAAAUGUCCUGUGGGCUUACACAAGAGCACCCUACUAAAUGAUGUUGUGCAGACAGCGUACAGCGACAGACUCCUGCUGCCACAUCUCAAAGAUCUUACAGUUCCACAUGUCAUUCUCUUUCUACAGUAUCUACAGUUCCUUUAUCUUCGAUAUUCUCACGAGGCAGGCUUACAAAUCCAAGCUCUUCGCUCUCCAAGCAUGGCGCAGAUCGUGGACUGGGUUUGUUUAUUACUAGAUGCUCAUUUCACAGUCUUGGUUAUGGCACCAGAAGCUAAAAGGCUGGUUUCUGAUCUGCACAAGUUUGUGAGAUCGCAGGUCAAACUUUAUUCUGAACUGGACAAAAUUGAGGGAAGCCUUCAAGUGCUCAAGAAAGACAAGCAAUCUGAAGAUUCUGGCGUUUACUCCAUAAAAGUGAUUGAGCUCUUUUAGAUGUCCUGUACAGAUAAUUUUUUUUAAUAAAAUUCUGCCAGUGAGCUUAAUUUUGUGCAAGCUCAUUAACAGUGUUUUUUUUCUAUGUAUUUUUUCCAACUUGUUUCUUUUUAGUCAUUUAAAAAUAUUUUUUUUUAUAAAUUAUGAAUUGAUAGAUAAUAAACACCUGAAAAGGUAUUUUCAGAUUGUGCCAUAGUGGCUCAUCAAAAAUAUGAUUUGGAUAUAUCUGUACUUUUUUAUAUUUUAUCCCAUCCCAAAUCAAUUAAUCUCAUUUGCCUAUUUUACUUCUUUGUGAUGUGGUGGCCUAUUCUGUAACGCUCAAUUAGAAUUCAAUUGUACUUUGUGUACAAUUUUCUCUAUAUGUAAUCUUAAGGUUAUAAUAUAUUAAAUUAAUGUUAAGUUUGGACAAACAUUGUUGCCCUGACAAAGACUGGACUGAAAUUUAAAUCUUGAAAUGCUUCUAACAUAACGUGAUGUUAAAAAGUAACAUGUCUUGGAGGAAAAAGUAGCUCAUGGCCAUCCAACUAUUAUCAUGUGGGGAAGGAAGUGAACACAUAGUUUAGGUAGAUACAGUAGCCCAUCGGACUUGAAACAACUGUUUGCCUGGUAGGACCGCUACAAUACUGGGCUUGAUCUAAGAUGAGAUAUUAACAAGGUGCUGAACAUGUAUUAUGUGAAAGUGUGUGUUGUUGCGCUGUAGGCAGGUAAUCUGAAAAUGAAUCAGCCAUGUGAUGUCACAUAUCCAGUCAUUUUACUUUACCAGAGAACAAUUACAAUAUAAAUGUUUUUGUUAUUGUUAAGGAGGAUAUUAUAGGCAACGAAACUUGCAGGAUGAGUUAAUAUCUCAAAACCUCCAAUAUAAACAAAGCUCAAAGGAAAUUUGUCCCCCUUACAAGUAUAAUUUUUAGAAAGUUAAUGGCACUCUUCCAAAUAUCUUUGUCUGUUUAUCAGAACUAAGAUAUUACUACAGAUUUGGAACAACUCGAAGGUGAUUAAAUGAUGACAGAAUUAAACAAUUUGGGUGAACUCUCUCUUUAAACUGACAUGUCUACAUAAAAUGUCAUAUUGGUUGAUGUGUACUGACAGACACAAACUCCCUAUUUCUCGUGAUACAAUGUGAGACAAUCACCUGAUUUAUGUCACCUACUGACAAUAAACCACAGAAAUAUAUAUUCACACAA